CAAACAUCGGGGUUUAUCACCCGCCAGUUUAAUAGCUGCUUUUUAAGCUGCUUACGAACUGUUACUGCUGGUCAGUUCAGCUUCAUCUCACGCUCCUACCCUCCCGCGCACAUCUCACCAUCCGUCGCGAUGUCUGAAUCUCCUCCACCCCCAUCCUGGAGCGUCACCUCCAUGGCGAACGGUGUGGUUCAAUUUUUGAGACUACCAGUGCUAGCGUCAUCGGGUCUUGCAGUGGUAGCCAGUAGUGUCUUAUACUUUAAGCAAAAUGAACUUAUCUACCCUCGCAACGUCCCCGUAGAUGCGCGCACAAAUGUUCCGAAACCGAGCCAGUUCGGUAUUACCGACUUUGAGGAUAUCCAGAUACCAACACCUGAUGGGCAGUCGCUGCAUGCUUUUCUCAUCCACCGCUCCAAAACCAGACCCUCUAGCAACAUUACCAUACUGAUGUUUCAUGGGAAUGCCGGUAAUAUUGGGCAUCGCGUCCCUAUUGGCAAAGUCUUGCGGCAAGCAUUAGGAUGUAACGUGUUAAUGCUGGAAUAUCGCGGCUACGGCUUGUCUACUGGGACGCCGGACGAGGCAGGGCUCAAAAUCGACGCACAGACCGCACUUGAUUAUAUCAGACAGCGUGCAGAUCUGUCGGAUUCGAAAAUCAUAAUCUAUGGCCAAAGUCUGGGAGGAGCUGUGGCCAUAAACCUGGUUGCCAGUAACCAGGAUCGAGAGGACAUCGGUGGCCUAAUUUUGGAGAAUACCUUUCUGAGCAUACGAAAGCUGAUCCCGACAAUAUUUCCUCCUGCGCGGUACCUGGCGCGUCUUUGCCAUCAGCACUGGAAUAGUGAAGAGAUUAUACAGACAAUCAAGGAUGUUCCUAUCCUGUUUCUGAGCGGGCUCAAGGACGAAUUGGUCCCUCCAACCCACAUGACCCAACUCUUCGCUGCAUGCAAAUCAGAGCCAAAGAUCUGGCGGACUCUUCCGAACGGGGGCCAUAACGACAGUGUCGCUGAACCUGGCUACUUUGACCACAUCCAUUCCUUCGUGACGGAGGAGGUUCUGCGUGGCAAGCUGUAGCCUGGCGGACCUUUACAUUCCUUCCAUGCUGCCGCACCCUGAUAUGUGGGCGCGAGGCAGCCAUACACUAAUUCUCUGGUUUCACUUGGUUCCUUUGGCUGACAAUACAUGAUACCCGAUAUUUGCUCAGGUCAAGAGCAUUAAUUUUAUACCUUACUAUGGCCCUUGCUGUUAUACAUAAUCUGGCCUGCUUUACGACGUCAAGCGUUCUUCAUGGGAAAUCCCUUUCUUUCAAUACUUCUUGCGUUUCAAUCAUUUUUGAUACACAUGACGGGCCAUAACAGUUCAGAAGAGUGCGCCUCAUGUAUAAUAACAGGAAAUUUGUGGAACUUGAUUCCAGUCGGUGUCCAUCAGUACACCCCUUUUCGGUUCUGUGUUUACUUUGGGGAUUUGUUAAUACUUCGUCUCUGCAGGAAUUUCCCAUAUCGUUCCAUAUAUAUUUCUGAACAGGGAAAUGAGAAAGGACUGAAGACGGCUAAAGGUCCUUUUUGGGGACUUGCAAAGGGCUUUUCUUUAUACACUACUUUUCUUUUCCCGAGAGAGAUAGUACCAGGGCUUGUUCAUUAUAGCAUACAAUGCCUGCAACAUUGAUAGACAGGUGUUCUAGUUAGAUGGGGGAAAGGUGUUUUGUUUCCUCUUUCAUGAGGAUAUAUUGCCAAUUGUCUAGAAUUAUAGAAUUGUAAUCGUAA